AUGUGUGAUUUAUUGUGGUCGGAUCCAGAAUAUGUUCCUGGAUGGGCAAUAUCACCACGAGGAGCAGGUUUCCUUUUUGGUGAGAAUGAGGUCAAUAAGUUCUUGCAGGUGAACGAUAUCUCUCUCAUUGCCAGAGCACACCAAUUGGUAAUGGAGGGAUAUAAGGAAAUGUUCAACCAAGGCUUGGUCACUGUGUGGUCUGCUCCUAACUAUUGCUAUAGAUGUGGUAACAUUGCCCUGGUUCUAACUAUAGACGACAAUCUAAAUCGUGAUUACAAAGUAUUCAAGGCUGCGUCUCAAGAUGUAACUGCUAUUCCAUCUAAAAAGCCACCGGUGGACUAUUUCAUAUAG